GAAUGUGUCAGUCACACAGUCUGGAGAAUGUGGAAAAUCAAGCAUAAAGGACUAAAAGAUUCUGACUCUGAGGAUGACAAACCGCAGGAGGUGUCGAAGAGCAAGGACCCAUUGCUUCCAGAAGAGACUACAAGCUCUGUCUCUCUGCUUGCUACGAAGGUUCAGGGAGCAAGUCUAAAAGGUUGGAAAGAAGUAACCUCGCUUUUCAAUAAAGAUGAUGAACACAAACUGCUGACUGACAGUGAACCUAAGUGGACCACUGUAAAACUAAAAGAAGAAGUGAAGAUGGAGAAGAAAUCUAGUUUCUGGGACAGUUUAGGAAUGAAACAGAAUUCAGCCAGCAAGAUUCCCACAGAGGAUGAGGGUUGGGAUCCGCAAGUAAUGGUGGAGAACCCUUGUAGCAGUCUGACUGAUUCAAAUGCCUGGUCUGACUGGACGAGCGAGACUAGCGGCAGUUCCAAAUACACCAGCCUGGACAAUGAAGCAAACACGAGUGGCUCCAGGUGGAGCAUUAUGACAGCAGGGAAGCUGCCUGGAAUGAGGAGACGUAGCAAAGGAAAUCUGACUGACUGCUGGGAAGAGCCAGAGUGAUACAUAGUUAUCUGCCUUAAUGUUAGUCCAAGAUUCAGUUUGCACCAUUCUUCACUAUUUGUAUUUAUAGUCAUGCUUUCUAUGGAUUCUUUUUGAUUCAUCAUUUUGCAUCUAAUUCUGUGUGAUUUUGUGCACAAGUGAAGAAAUCGGUGCCUGAUCAGCACUAUAUUUUAAUUAAGUCGAAGAUUGGUAACCUCUUUUCUGUUGUGCCAUAAUUAUUUCAAUAAAUAUAGUUACAUAUUUUCCAUUCAGAUGGUCUUUCACUGUAAAUUGCUCAGUUAGUGUUCAUUAUUUGUUAUUGUUUGUUUGACAUCAGCUUAACUGAGUGCCUAAAUAUUAUUUAUUAAUAUUUGAUCUCACCUUUUGUUUUAAACUUAAGUUCUCACUGCCCCUUCACGUAGCAAAGGAGAAUAGUUGGACUACAAAUGGUACAAAUGCUGUUGCCUUUGAAUAGCAGUCUGAAAGAAAACCUUUUUUUGCUCCUCUUUCCAUAUCUAGUCCUGCCGUACAAUGCUUUAUCAGUCUGGGUAAGAAGAGAGAAAAGUACAUCCAGUAAAUUGAGUUUGAAAGCUGAUUCGAAGCUGGAAUUUAUUUGGAGACCAGAAACUUACCAGCAAUUGGGUGUUUGUUCUGGAUAGAAUGUGCCUCCCAUUACUUAAUUUUGGCAAGCAUUCUAGGAGCAACUUGGUGUCCAGAUGUAACAGACACCAACUGAGAUACUUUUUCAGGGUGAUCCAACAACUUCAUUUUCAAUUGAUUUUAACAUACCUGGUCAGCGAGGUCAGGUUUUAUUAACUUUUUUCAUUUUUACAAACUGUACCAUCUUUUCCCCCCCUUGCAUGAAAGAUACUGAUUCAUGCUUAGAUAUAGUAAUAGUAUCCUUUUAUAUAGUUCCAUAGUGUGAACCUGAAGAAUGAGGAUGGGCUAUUGAUCAUGAAGAUUGUUACAAGACAAGUCCAAGUCACUACUCCCAUGGGCAUCCACAUAUACACUUAUAGCAAUGACUGGAUGAUUAGGAAUAGGAAUUUUGGCUCAAUUGUUUCUUUAAUCACAAUUUGCGACAUGGGCUAAUUAUAGAAUUGCAAGUAACAUCUCAACGGAGAACAGCAACAAACCAGUAAUGCAAUGGUGCACUGAAUAUGGGGAAGGUGCAGAGGACAAUAUUCUUUUGAAGACCAUUUUGCCUAUCACAUCCUAAUCUAAAAUGUGUUCAAAACAAGAUCCUUCAUCCUAAUCAAGCAUUUUAAAAUUAUUUUAGCAGCUUUAGAUUGAGGCCAGAUUUUAUAAAUCAGCUUUUCUGGGUUUACACUUAACAGAUUUUCAAUCUUUGAAAUGUUUUCGAUUAUGUAUCCUAAUUUUAUAUAACAUCUCCAGAAAUGUGCUUUGUGUGUGUGCAAAUUGUUUAUGAAGUACAAUUGGAGAAACACUGGACUAAAUGAAUAGUUUCUAUAAUCUACUGAAAAAGGAUAGUUUUGUUCAUAUGUAAGGUUUCUAACACCCAUUUUAGGCAGUCACCAAAGGCUGCCUCACUAUUAAAUUUGUCAUGGUUGUCUCUUUUUACCAAUUGCAUGCCAAUUUUGAAAUUGGAAUUAAGGUGUUUAGGAGUGAAGUGAAGAAGCACUUCUUCACAUGAAUGGUGGUAAAAUUCUGGAAGUUCCUUUUCCACCCUCCCCCUCAAGUCUGCAAGUUUGGUCAGUCAAAAUGUUCAGGUUGAGAUUGAUAAAUUUUUGUUCAGCUAACGUAUCACUGGCUAUAGUGCAAAAAGUGGGUAACAUCAGUUUGAGGUACAGAUCAGCCAUGAUCUAAUUGUAUGGUGGAACAAGCUCGAUAGGCUAAAUUGCCUACUCCUGUUCCUAGUGCUUGUCUGGAUCAGGUCAUGCACAGCUGUGAUGCCCACUCGUGAACUUGGUUUUGCCUUCUGGUACUGACAAAUUUGACAACAUAAUGCCUGACACUAAAGGAACCAUAGCUCAACAAAAAGCACCCUGUACGGUGGAGAAUGUUCAUGUGAGGGGGAAAAAUGUCAAUGAAUAAAACAUAAAAAAAAUGCUUUUUGAUCAAUGGACUAUGGUUGCCUUUUUUUUCUUUGCUUGGUCUAUUCUGACAUAGUGGUAGAGUUUCCAAAUUGGACUUUAGCAAGAGUUUUGCUUGAAUGCUACAAUGCCAGGCAAGUGGCAUGAGUGCAUUGUGGUACUGUUGGCAAAGAUUGUUCAACAAUAGACAGUGGCACAAAGUACCAGUGGUUAGAGUUUUUUAGUUGCCUAAUAGAUUUGAAAUGAAUUCCAUUCUUUUAUUUUAAAAAAGAAGCAUAACCAGGCAUAUAUGUUACAUCAAAUGUUCAUUAAAUAUUUGCCAAAAUUUCUUAAAGUAUGAAACCCGUAUUUAUUCAAUGUUCCAAUUCAGGCUUUGAAAUGUGACCUUCACAAAUAGGAUCUUCAAUCAUUGAAGGUUUGGUCUUUGUGAAAUAAUGCAAGAUGGUCAGAUUUCAAGGUUCGUUUCUCCAUUUGUUAGAAGUGGUGUUUUUACAAUUAAAAUAUAAGUAACCAAGUACAAUGAUUCUGGUUUGGGAAGGAAUGCAAUAAAUUCACAUUAAAGCAACAUGAGUAUUUCAUUAGGUGUUGCUCUGAUCAGAUCAGACUGCUUAAGUGAUAACCCUAACCCAGCUUCUAGUUAAAACAGUGUUACAAGACUGAUUGUAGCAGUUAAUUUUUUUUCUCUAACAUUUUUUUUUUGCCUUUCUGCAGUGAAACACUUAGUUGGCAGAUGAUAACAGUAGUACAAAAUUAUUUGUUUAAGUCGCAUCUCAGGGUGAUUAUGCACAUUUUAGAAAUGUCGUUUUUCUUUUGAUAUGCCAUCAGGUAUUGCGAGCUUCAGGAUGGAUUAUCGUAUUCAUGUGUGGAAUCUUUUACAGUUUUUGUUUUCUGAAGGAUGAUUUUCAUUUGCUAACACAAGCUUGUAUUUUCCAUUUGCUUACAUGUCGAUAACAGUGCUGCCAAAGUAUUUAGUAAAACAAAUAAAAUAUAUUUCUAAUUGCUAGACCAAAGCUAGAGUACAUACUAUAUACCCUGUACUGUUCACUUGUAAACUGAACAAAGGCAGACAUAAUGAAUAAAUAUAACUAUGCAAAACCUGUGGUAGCAUUUGUGAAUAUAACAAGUUUGGAUGUUUACCUUGUUAAAUUUUAAGAAUGGGAGGAUAAUCUUUUAAUACAAUGCUAUUAUAAAUGUAUCUUUGUAAUCAAUGAAUUGCCCACUUAAACAUUUUUGGUCUAAUUUUAGUAUUAGAGAUUUUGUUUUGUACACAGUAGUCAACCUUAUUUGAUUUCGAUGUGAAAUUUAAAGGAAAAAGUAUAUAAAAGCAGAAGACAUUUUAUAUUGAGAGUUGAAUUUGAAACCUGAUUAAUAGUUAGCACUUUGUGGGUACUUUGCCAGGCAAUACUACUUCACAUCAAUAAAGUAUUAUGAAGACAAA